AAUUGGCAAUCUGUGGUUGUGUCCGCAUGUACCAACAUAGUGGUUAUGAACAUGGGGGAAUUUGAUUGCUAUUGUGGGAGACAGGUGGACUCGAAUAGUCUGUGAUAAUAAUUGCUGUAAUUCAAAUAUUAUCUUUCGAGGCAACAAAAAUGGAGGUGGAAUGGGAUAGUGAAUGGUUUAAUGGUAUGAUAAAUGAAACAGUUGUGGAAGAUAAACAUUUUAGGAACAAGUGUUCCGAUUUUGCAAAUGGUGUCAAGAGUCAGAGUGCAGAUCUUUUGAAGUUAGUAGAAAAAUUGGGACCUGUACUUACAGACAAAAAACCAGAGUUGAGAGUAAAAGGAACACAAAUUCUAGCAGAGGUUAUCCAAAACCUGCCACAAGAUUGUCUGCAAGAAAAAGAAUUACGUUUCAUGACAGCUUUCUUCUGUGAUCGCCUUAAGGACCAUAACUCAGUUAUUCCAGCAGUUUUGCAAGGAAUUCUUGCAAUUGUACAAAUGAAUAACCUUCCAGAAGAUGCCCCAGCACAGAUAGUGACUGCAAUGUUUCAGCACGUUCAUUGUCAAUCUCAUAAGCAACCAGACCGUAGCACUAUCUAUAAAAUACUUCAAGUAUUUAUUAAAAAUUACAGCAAAGAAUUAAAGCUGCUUGGUCCUGACUUUGUUUUUGGCGUGAUAUCAAUGGUCGAUGGUGAGCGAGAUCCACACAACUUGUUGUUGCUGUUUGGCAUGCUUCCACACUUCAUUAAAACUUUUCCUCUCGGCCAUCUAACAGAGGAGAUGUUUGAAGUACUGGCAUGCUACUUUCCUGUUGAUUUUUAUUCAGUUCCCAACAACCCAAACACAGUUACUCGUGAUGACUUGGCAGCUGCUCUUUUACCAUGCCUUGUAGCCACACCUGCUUUUGCAGAGUUCUGCAUUCCAUUGUUGUUAGAGAAGUUGGACUCUAAACUCCGCAUAGCGAAGCUUGAUUCUCUUCGAUUACUGCAAGAAAGUUGCAAGGCCUUCUCAGUAGAGGGAAUGGAGGAGAAUCUGUGUGAUUUGUUCCAGUCACUUCAUCGAGAAGUGGUUCCUGGAUCAGACAAGGAUGUGUGUAAGGAAGCUCUUGCAGCACUCAAAGAACUAAUUAACAUGCUGUCUGUUGUACCUAUUAGCAAGGACCAAGCAAAGUUGUUGCAUAAGAUUUUGGAAAAUGUCAUCAGCGCUGCUUGUCAAGAAUUACAGGGUGUGCAGUUAAGUUUAUUUCUUCCAACUGCUCGAAUGCUGCUUACAAUUACCCAAGCCUCAGCUGCAGCUUGCCAUCAAAUUAUCACUGUGGUGGCACCGUUGCUGUUGAUCCAGUAUCAUAAAGGGUCUUCUCUGGAGGAGAAGGUCAUUCUGUUGCAGACUCUUACUGCAUUUCUUGCAGUGUGUGAAGAACAACAUGUCACUCCCAUGAGCACUUCUGACCUGGCUGCAGUAUGGGCAGACAUUUGCAACGUGUAUAUGAAUGCAGCACAUCAUGUGAAACCUGAGAUUCGGUUGGAAGGUAUUCAUGGUCUCUUAAUCGCAGCAAGGUCCUUAAGUUGUGAGGCAAGAUCGGAAUUGUAUGAACUUCUGUGUACCUGUGUGAAGCAGGAAGAUUCUUCUCAGGUCAGACAGGAAGUUAGUGCUUGUUUAAAAGAAUUGGCCAAAUUAUAUCCUGAUGAAGUAAUGGAGGCAGCUGUAUUGUCAAAACUGCAGUUGCUUGAAGGUUCUGGAGAUGCCUCUAAUGCUCUGAUACUCGCUCGUUGUAUGGAUGCCUUAUGUGCAAUUGCUGUAGAAGAAUCAUUUACAGCCUGCAUAGUCCCUCAAAUUCUCAGUUUCAUCACUGGAAAAUUUCAGGCAGAUGAAUGUAGUGCAGGAAUUAAAAGUCUUAGAAAGUUAGUUGAAGAACCAGAAUGUGACUCCAAGCUGCACAGAUAUUUGUGCGUGCAAUGUGAUGCCAUAUCUCGGCUUGUCUCAUGGUGGCUGCAUGGUAUUUGGGAGGACAAACAUCCCCAAAUAUUCCAUAAUGAAGACCUCUUAGUUGACAGUGCCAAAAUUGUCAGCACAAUUUUAAGGAACCAGUCAGAAAGUGUUCAGUCUGAUAUAGUGGCAAAGUUUAUUCCGUGUUUUUUGGAUUCUGGGCCAAGUUUUGAAGAGAAUGUCAGGCCGCUUGAGGCAUCAUCAUCAUCACAGCAUCUAACUCACUCUGUGGUGUUACUGGAAGCAUUACUAAGUCCUCUCAGGCAGAAUGUAGACAUUCCGUCACUGUCACACUUAGUUAUGCAACUUAAAACCCAUGCCAUUCACACAUCACAUUCUCUUACAUCAAGAAGUGCAGCUCGGUUGGUGGCUUCUAUUGUAAAUAAAGCUCAUGAUGAUGAAAAUUUGUCCACAUUGCUGUCUGAUCUGUUGGUAAUGCUAAUGGAUACUUUAAAUCAAGAUGGUGUUCCUGUAAUGAAGGCUACCAAUGCUGUUAGUUUAUUUUCAUGGCUUACGAAAGCUCUUGUUAUGAGAGACCAUAGACUGACAGAUACAUGGGUAGAGAAGUUCGUUGGUAUGCUGAACCAUGUUGUUGUUGGUACAUGUGUAGCUGAAGGAUUUAAAUUGAUUAUGACUGAAAAUGAUGAGUAUAUGAACUCUGACAACUACUGCAAUAUCAGGGUUUUGUAUCGCCAGAGGUUUUUCCAAACUGUUCCAAAACUUGUAGAACAUUAUCAUUUUGCACUUGAUGCUGUGAAGUGUAACUUUUUAAUUGCCUUGGCUCAUAUGCUCCAGGGAGUGCCAAGAGUUGUACUAACCAUGAGUUUACCAGAACUGAUCCCUCUUCUUGUGGUAUCACUAGGACAGAGAGAGGUGGUUUUAUUACUGUCUACUCUGGAAAUAUUAUGUGAUCUUCUGGAAUCAAAGCAGCCAGUAUUAGAAGAGCAUAUUCAGACAUUUCUUCCGAAGUUCUUACAGUUAACACGAUUUCAGGAUUCCUUGAAAGUCCGACUUGUUGCACUACAGUGUGUGCAGAAAAUGUGUGCUUACCCCACACAGCUGCUUCUGCCUUAUAAACAACAAACUGUUCAUGAGCUGGGACCUUGUUUGGAUGACCCCAAGAGAUUAGUACGGCAGCAGGCAGUGUGUGCUCGUUCCCACUGGUACCUCAUUGGUGCGCCAGGAGAACCUGCCAAAACAUGAUGUUACAUCACAUUCUGCAUUUGUUACUGUAAAACCUUAUCUUUCAGUAAAAUUGGCAAAAAUACAACUUUUAAUUGCAUGAUGUGAGAUUAAGACAGUUUGACAAAAGUGAUAAAUAUUGAUGCAUACCGGCCUGAAAUACUGGAAUUGUAAGGAAAUUUUAAUGUAUGGGUAAAAAUAAUUUGAGAAUUUCAUAACUUUAAUUUGAACACUCAAUAUUUCUCAUAAACCAGGUUUCAGUUUAUGCCAUGAAGUAUUAAAGUUAUAUUUAAAUACAAUAAAAUUAAUUUACAGAA